AAAAGUAUAUAAUAAUGUUUUUCAUACAGAUAAAUGACGUCAUCGUGCGACAAAAUAAUAGUUGCGAAACACCUAUCUUGUUACGUGGUCCAUUAGGAUAAGUCGAGGGUAGUUCUAUUGUUAUAUAUUGUUAAAUAUAAUACUGUUCUAUUUAUAGUGGAGGGAUAGUUCACGAGACCUCAGUACAUUCAUUUCAUUCGAACGAUGCAUGUUGUCUUGGGCAGUAUUUCGAUUUGGACAUUAUGCGCGUUGGUGUCAUGCGUGUCGGUCUCAUGUCUGUCGAUGGCCAAGAAAGUGAGAUGGGAACUGGUGUACGACCCAAUGCCGAACGACGAGUCAUUCGAUCGGUUCGCCGCCGCCGACCACCACGCCACCGUCAAGCUGAUACAACAGCGGGACGAGCAACAGCGGCAGCGGGACGAGCAACAGCGGCAGCGGGACGAGCAACAGCGACAGCGGGACGAGCAGCAGCAGCAGUGGCGGUACCGGGACGAGCAGCAGCAACGGCACCAUCACCACCACCAGCAGCAGCAACAGAAGCGGGACGAAUGGCAGCAGCGGCGCGGCAGCAAUAGCGACUCGCGGUACGCCGAUAGCGUGUCAGAGGCCUGCAAUUGCACAGAAAUCCCCAAGGUGUACAACCUGACCAAAAACCACUACCCCAAAGAACUCAUGUCGGUUACGUGCAGCGGCAACUGGUGCAAGACGGCCUCGUACCACGUGCCGGUGCUGUUGAAAUCGAACACGCAACAGGUGGAAAACCAAGACGACCUGCCUGACGAGCUGCAGCAAAACGUCAAUCACUGGAAGUUCGACUCCGUAAGAAUCCCGGUCGCCUGCUAUUGUUCUAUUAAAUAAACGACAUUUUGUCUGCCUUUGACCUAUAUAUUAUAAUAUACCAAGACGCAUAACACGACAUUUUCACCGUUCGUUUUAUCCUGCAUCCCCCGCCUUCUCCUCCUGCUCCUAUUUGUCACCGUUCAGUGCUCUAUAUCUAUUACUAUACCUUACACAAUAGGCAAAGGUGGGCUUGUUAAUAAAAAAAAUUAAUUCAUGUUGAUUCGAGUGAACUCGAGAUCGUUGAGAUAGAAGUUAAUAGUUGACAAAUAAUAUAUAUUUAACUUGACUCAGUUUAUAAUGAUAACAUGUAACGUUUUUGGUUAAUGCGUGAACCGCAUAAAAAUGGUAAUGUGUUAUAUCUUAUUUCUUAAAUUAUAAUAAACAAUUUUAUUGGACUUUUAUCACCAAAAUCGUUUGUUUUGUCAUCAAGUACACUAUAGCUCAUAGUCUACACGUACCAAUAUAUUUAACACGUCUAUAUUUAAAUGUCGAUUUAAUUUUCAAGUUAUUAUUAAAUUGUUUUCUUCAUUUCUAGAAUCUGGUUAGCGGCCGUAUCGAUCACAGGCAGUUCGACUUCGCAAACACCCCAGUCGCUUGCUUUUGUUCUCUUAAAUAAAUACAUUAUUUUUGUUCGCUUUUGACCCAUAUUAUACCUUCAUUAUGACAGACCUCAUAACACGAUAUUUUCACCUUUUCGAUUUACCCUGCAUCCCCAGUGGAGUGGACCAAGACGGCGUUUCAAUACGAGCACCGGCCGUCACGACAUUUCGAACCCGGCGUGCACUCUCUCUGGGCAGAGACAACUGUCUAGAAAAAGAGUAUGGCGAAAACAUCUAUGAGUGCAUUAAUUAUUUUCAUAAAUAAAUCUUUGCACACGAAAAACAAUUCUGAUCGGAAACUAGUUGGACAAUUAGUCUAGUAAUAAACUAAUUAUUACCUACUAUGUAUGAAUAAAAAGCGAGCAAACGGUCAGAAUGAAGAGUUGGAGUUGUAAACCAACCUUCGGGUAGAAAAAAAAUGUAUAACGUAUAUUUCGUUUUACAUACAUUUAUAUUGCUAUUAUAGUAACUCAUUUUACUAUUAUAAGUAGUACGAGGUAUGAAUAGGCAAUACCUUGCAAUUAGUGAAAUAUAAUAUUAUUAAAUAUAAAUAUUUC